AUGAGCGAUGGACGGAAGUUUGGCUGCUGGGGCAAGGGUCCCGGAGUCCCUCCGCCCCCCCGGGUGCCCAUUCUGGUGGAACCAGCCAACACCAUCCUGGUGAAAAAGAUCAACUGGGAGGUGCAGAGCCGCGGCAACGCUCCAAAGGCGGUCGAGCGAUGGCUGCAAAGUGUUCCGUCGCACCUGGACGUGACGCGGGGAGGGUGUCCGGAGCGAGGGCAACCAGCGGAUCAUUUGUGCCUUACGCCACGCUGGGGCAUCAGGCGCCUGCUGGCCAGCGACAGCGAUGACAUUUGCACCACUCCGACUCCAAACUGA